UGUCUCCUCCUUCGCACGCCCCCUUAUGAUUUGGGUGGGUAGGGAUGACCUAGGUGCCGAGCAGGUGCUCCAGACUUGGAAGGUGGUGCUGGAAAGCCCAGAGCACCCCUUGUCUGAUCUUAGUAAAGAGGCCUUCCCCGGAUUUGCCUUUGUGGGAAACUGAGGCAGGUUCUUCCUUCUCCCCUGAUCCCCGAAGUCCGGCCCGAUUGGAACCCAAUGGACUUUUGGGGGCCUCCCUUUCCCAGCUGCCCGCCCGCCGUCGUCAUGCCGUCCCUGUUGCUCCGGCUGCCCCUGCGCCUAUGCCGGCUGUGGCCCUGUAGCCCUCCCACCCGACUCCUCACAGCCGCAACAGGGCAGCGGUGAGUUGAGCCCCAGAAUUUGGCCAUAUUCAGUGGUUUUUCUCCUGAGAGCCCGCCUUGCGUUUUGAGAUAGUUGUCUCUGCAUUAUGUGUACUUUUCAAGGUUUGUCUCUGACAACCUUCUCGUUCAAUGCUGGACACUUAGUAUCAAUAGUUAAGAACUGAGCCCCUAGUGAGUUAAGUGACAGAUCAGGAAUCUGAGCUCAGGUUGCUCUUUCCAUAGCUCUGGUAUGUUGUCAGGCUUCACUGUGCACACACUGGGAAAGAGGAGGUUGAGUACAAAGAUUUAGAUUUCUAGGCUUGGCUCUGGAUGCUGGUCAGGAGGAAUGAAGUGAGGCAUGGGAAUCUGCCUUUUCCUUUGAGAUGGAGUUUUCCUAUGUUGCCCAGGCCUGUCCCUACUAAUUACUAUGAACUGUUGGGAGUGCAUCCUGGUGCCAGCGCUGAAGAGAUUAAACGUGCUUUCUUCACCAAGUCAAAAGAGCUACACCCUGACCGAGACCCUGGGAACCCAGCCCUGCAUAGCCGUUUUGUGGAACUGAGUGAGGCGUAUCGAGUGCUCAGCCGUGAGGAAAGUCGUCGUAACUAUGACCACCAGCUGCAUUCAGCCAGUCCUUCAAAGUCGUCAGGGAGCACAGCCGAGCCUAAGUAUAAACAGCAGACACACAGCAGCCCCUGGGAAACCCCGAAUGCUGAAUACUGGGCCCAGUUCCACAGUGUGAGGCCACAGGAGCCCGAGUCAAGGAAGCAGCAGCAUAAACACAACCAGCGGGUCUUGGGGUACUGCCUUCUGCUCAUGGUGGCAGGCAUGGGCCUGCACUACGUCGCCUUCAGGAAGCUGGAGCAGGUGCAUCGCAGCUUCAUGGACGAAAAGGAUCGGAUCAUCACAGCCAUCUACAAUGACACUCGGGCCAGGGCCAGGGCCAACAGAGCCAGGAUUCAGCAGAAGCACCAGCAGAGGCAGCCUCCAACAGAACCCUCUCUGCCUCCAGAAAGUUCCAGGAUCAUGCCCCAGGACACAAGCCAGUGAGAGGCUUACCUAGGUGGGACCUGUAUUGGUCCUCCCCUUGCUGCCUGUCUAGGACUACACGUGCAAUAAACUCAUAUUCAGACUCCUA